GCAGAUGUAAACACAAAUUUGAUUUGAAUCGUUGUGUAACGUAAACAGUUGUAAUUGUCAUUGUGAAACGAAGCGCAUGAUAAAAACAGAUAUUAUCGUCGUUCAUUAUAGAAACAUACGAAAAAAGUGAGAUAUAAAUCUCUUCGAACUGCUACGCUAACGUAAAUGCUUCAAGCGUCAAGUGACGCGCAUUUAUAUCAUAACCUAUAAGUCGUUGUCAUUAAUAAUACGCAACGCCUGAACGAUCGUGAAUAUUACAGUGAAAUAAAUAUGUCUAGCAUUCUUUCGAUCGUCGUUCGUUAUAUAUAUUGAAAAGAUAGGAUUUUUACAUAACUACUACAAAGCGCGUGUGGAACUUGGUAACCGAAGAGGAUGCUUCGUAAACAGCUAGUAUGGAAUACGAUUCGGAAUCGAGUUGCGAGGGCCGUUGUUUGAGAGAUGUUGAAAACUUGGAUGAGCCAGCGCGUCUGACGCAAAUACACGAAAAAUGCAACCGACACAAUCACGUUUCGUGCCACUCUCCGACGACUACGGCAGAACUGCCGUCAAGAUUCACGGCGAAUCUAGCCAAGAAGAGUCUCUCAGCACAGGUAAUGGAGUAUUAUCACAAGUAUUCUCGAGACUCCAGUCUGGAUCAGUAUUUUUCGCUACCCGUGUCGAGUACCCCACAGGAAGCUGUUAAGUACUAUUACAGUGUGUACGAAUUAAGCGCUGAAGUGGGUUCAUCGAAUAGACAAGAUUGUAUAGGAGAAGAGUAUAAUUUGAAGUCUUACGUCCCAAGAGAAAGACGCAGGUGGGUAAGACCUCCAUUAAUCGGACAAUCAUCUAAUGCGGAUGCUUCAUCCAGGUACGUUCAACCAUUGACUGAUCUCCAGACAUCAUCACCUGAUCUCAAGCAUACGCCGGAAACAAUACACGAGGAUAAGAAUGAGAGUCCGGACAAGUUUCCAGAAAUAAACGACAGAAAAUUAUCCUCUCCAACUUCCAGCGUAGCAUCUUACAAGCCACUGGAGUGGGACAGCGGCGCAGAUGUCGGUUAUUUCAAUUCGCUCGCUCAUAAUAAGCAAAACGACAAAAAGUUAAGUACUAUAGAACGUAUGGCUUUGGCACGAGGAUGCUCCGCCGCUUUGCGAUUAGAUCCAGAAGGUACCACUGAAUCCGGGAUGCAGUCUGGGAAAAAUACAGUGUCGCAGAGCGGUGGAAAAUCAUCGGCAGCUCCUAACGCAAAUUCCACACCAUUGAUUGGAAAUGCGUCAGGAUCAGAGAGCGAAAUAGAGAUAACGCCUAUCGUCAAAAACCAUUUGCCAGGCAUUAUUACGGGAGAUGACAUAAAGUCCCAGGAAAGAUACGUUUCGAACGACGCCGUACAGCCGAAGGCUAUAGUAAAACCUACAAAGCACGAAGUGCACAAUUUUGAUACGCCGACAUCGUCGACCACGUUUAAAGUGCCACUGAUGAAGUAUUCGACGCUGGAAAAAAGGAGUGUGAAUAAGCGUAAAGAAAUUGUACGCAUACCGAGCUCGCCAUUGAAGAAAAGCAUCUCGAUGAAUACGUUACCUGCGUCGUCGUCGAAAUCCUCCUUGAAGAGAAGUCAGAGCGAGUUGAUUUUAUACUCUAAGGAGAAGAAAGCUGUAGCGCCCCUAAUCUUCAAUUCUUCAUCUUCCAUUGCCACUGUCGUGAAUAAGCCUGCCACUUGCGACAAAAUAAUUCAAACGAGUCUGGAAGUAUGCGCCCAGGAAUCCGUUGCCGUUCAAGUCUCCGAUCUUGAGGAAAACAAAUCGUCGUUAACGGAGAAAGACCCUAACGUUCAAACGACGAUACAUUCUAUCUUAAAAAAGUCCAAAGGUACAUAUAAAGUUAAAAAUCCACGAAAAUGCGACUCUGUGUGUCCUGCGGGCGACGCCGAAGCCAGUGCGAGCGCGAAGGAGGAUCAAAGGCGCCGGAGUAGCUCAGACGUUUCGCAAAACGCAUCGACUUCGAUAACGCCGCAGCCCGAUGAGACGGAAAACGUGUCCGGAAGAGCCAACAGUUUCGAAUACUUCCCAGGGCACACUUACGCGAACGUUUCAAACGAAAGGGAUGGCCACGUUUCUUCGGACACCGGUAGAUCGAAUUCGACGUUGCCGAACAGCAGUUCCAGCAUAAACGAGAAGCUCUGGGGUGACUCGGACAGCUUGGUGCGAGAUUUGGAAAGAAGUGUGAACAUCCUGAAGAGUCUUGUCGACGCUAAUAAGUGCGACAAGCAAGUCAAGAAGAGACUGAUACAACAUGUAAUUAAACGGCUUGUAACCGCGAAAUACACGGACGAUAAAAUCGAGCAUAACUUGGAAGACAACGUGCCUUGGAAUCCGGAUGACGCCAGGAACAAAGUUUACAGAACCGAGUUGCUUCAGGCUCUAACGAACAAGCAUAGCACCACCGAAUCAUCGGACGAGUGGAAUCUGCGGAAGAAGGAUAUAUCUAUGCAGAAAUCCGUAGGAACCACCAGCGACGUUAUAAAGGAAGUCGCUCUGGAGAGCAGUAACAGUGACAAGUUCGAUCGACAUACGGAUAGAACGGAGAUGGAUGGCAGAAAAGCACGAUUAGGAUUGAGAACGGACGACUGUCAGCAGAGCAGCAACACUCCGACGGAUCCGGACAAAAGCGAGAGCUCCGAGUGUUUUGUGCCUCAACGCACUCAUAAGAAUGCUAAAGUGAACGACAUAUUUUGUUUCAAAGAGAACUGCAAAUUGCCGCACAGGGAGUCGACCACGACGAACAGUUUACUUCCGGAUCAUAAUAGAAUUUUACUGGACGCCGUCGUGAACAACAGAAGGACGCCUGUUGAGUCCAAUAACAAUACGGAUAACAAUACCGACUGGAGACUGCCGACCACGUCGUCGGAGAGGCAAUUUGAAUUAAAGAAGUGCAGCAUGUCCGAAUCCGGUGAUUCGAAGCUCAUCAAUUAUGCCGAAAUGGAGAAGAGAAAUCAGCUGACCUGGAUCACAAAUGAAAUCAGCCACCUUUCUAAUUUGAAAAAAUUGCUAGAACAGCCCAGACGAUUAGAAAGAUCAAAAUCGUCGCCGAGAAAAACUAAGCCAGCGAAUCUGAAAUCGAAGCAAGCGGCGGUAUUUAGACGGGAACAGCACGCAGACGGCGUAAACAAGAGUACAUCCGAUCUGCGAGAGGAUUCUAUUAACGAACCGUGGUCGUCUCAUUGCAACUUGGCGACGUGCGAAACUGCGGAUCGACCAAUAAUUCAGAGGAUCAUGAAACGUAACAGCUGCACACAAACGGCCAGCAGUGCGGCUAGUGCGUAUUCGAAAACCGGAGGGGAGAUUGUAUCUGCGUCCAGAAUGCGGACCUCCGCAGCGAAGCAUGUCGCUGUUGGCGUGCAAACGCUAUGUCGAGAGAUACCGUCCACGCCGUUGACGGCGGAGUCGGAUACGUACGAUGCGAAAGGCAUCAACUCUCAAAAGCCGUUCGCGCAUUAUCAGAAUAGCGCUAAAUGCAGAGAUCAGUCGUGCCAAACGCACACCGGCCAAAUCGUGCAGCACGUGUGCACGCGAUGCAAUCAGAAUUCGUCCGACGCUUCGAUCAGAUUGCGAAGCUUUCAGGGAGAGGCACCGAUUGCUUCGCAACAGACGCAAACGAAUUACGCGAGCGACAAUAGCGCGACGGAGUCUAUUUGCCACCACACGUCGCAAAGUAACAGCAGCCAGCAGAAAAAAGAGGCUAAAAAUCAAAUCAACGCGUCAAAAUCAAAAUGCAAUUGUACUCGCGGUGUUUGUCCAUCCGUUAACGAUAAGUGUGGCUCGAGUGCCGCCGAAGCCAAGCGGACCGAAUGUCACAAGCGACCAGUAUUUACGACAUGCCAGUUGUGUUCCAAGCAGAAGCCUGCUGUAGACGUUAGUAAUGCCAUUCGUAGUUGUGAUGUGUGUCAAAAGAAUCUCUCCUGCACACAUGAAAAUUUCUCCGAAGACGGUCAAGAGUAUGCUUGUGAGUGUGACAAUAUUGUUGUCAACGAUGCGAACAGAAGAGCUGUUGUUGGCAAGCUGCGACAAAAUCGUGCGGAAAAUCGGACCAAACGUGCACUCAACUAUAAUGAACAAAAUGAUGCAGGGAAAAUUUGUGAUUGCACGAGUGAUUGUGCCGCAUGCCGAGAUCCGGAAACCACGGCCGAAACAUCGUGUAAAUGUCGUUCGAAUGGCAAAAUCGACACUAAUGGAUUAUGCCAUUUUGAACGUCGCUCCAAAAUAGCGGAGCAUCAAGUACAAACACAGACGUAUUCCGAUAGUUCGCAAGAUAGUGACACGAUUCAACAACGUAAAGUACAAAAUACAUUAAAAUGCAAUUGUGAUGAGGCUUGCUCCUGCACUAGUAAUCAAGCGAAAGAUAGCGUCAAGGGAAAACUGUGCACUAAUGUUAAUAAGACCGAGAGAAAUUGCAAACAUUGUCGCGGGUGCGGUGCCAUGUAUCAAAAUAGUAGAAAUUGUGGAUGCCCGCAGACGUAUCCUAAAGCUGUUGCGUAUGAAUUAUCGUUUACAAAAGAAAACGCCUCGAAGAGUAAAACUCCGGAUUGUACGCCAAAAGUUUUCAAGCAACCUUCCAACGCAGCAAAAUCCGAUGCCUGUCCUUGCGAUAUUAUAAAAAAGAAUAAUUCCAGUAAAGCUGUUCAUCAAAUAAAUACAUUGCAGGAUUAUUUAUCCAGAAACAAUCCCGAAUUUGUGGGCAAUGCGGAAACACGGAGACAGUAUUUAUCGGAAAUAUGCCAACUGCGGGAGUUAAGGAAAGAAAAACGGAUACAGUUGUUGGCAAUGGCUAGCACGUCUAAUAUUAUUAAAUCUACACCAAUACGGAAGCCAACAGUUGUCGUGCAACGGAAAAUUAGCGAUGAGGAAAUGAAGGAGCGAUUACGUAAACGUUAUCUCCGAUUGAACGAAGUGCGAUUCAAACGACGACAACAGGAACGACAAGAGGAGACGCGUCGAAAUAAGCUUAUGGCAAAAAUUUUUUGCAAGAGAUUGCAACAGAAGGUUCUGAGGGGUCAAGUAGAUUUGUCUCAGAGCAUUAGCGUUAUCUCGAAUUUGUAGAAUCAUUAGCCUACUUGUGUAGAGUGCCUUUUUAUUUUCGCAAAUAUCUACAUGACAAAAAAAUUAUCUCAUGGAUUUUGUUACUGUAUAUAAUUUCUGAAACAAAUAUCUCGUAUGUUUGAUUGUACGAUAUUUUAAUUAACUUGUAAGCUGUGUCAUAUUUUUACGACACUGCGAAUGCUUUCUGUUUCUUGUCAUAAAUUGUCUCUAAUGAAAUUUUCUAUAGAGCUCUUUUAAAGUAUUAUGUUCUAAGAAUGAGUUAAAUCGCGACGUUUGAUAUAUAAACUGAAAAAAAUUGCAUAUUUUAACAAAUUCCAAGAGAUAAUUAAUAUUAUAUAUAUAUUUACUUUAAUUUUUAUGCGUAUUACUAUAUAUUUUAUGCCUCAGGUAGGCGGCGAGAAAGAUUGCAUUUCUGAAACAUUGCAUUUCUUAAAGAAUAGAGAUACGUAUUUUAUAUAUUACUUCUGUUACCUCAGAUAGUUGUGUUAAAAUUUAUAUUAUAAUAUUGUGUGUACUCUUCAGUAAAAUUGCACAUUAGUAAUCAAGUUUAUACGAUCUAUUUAUGAUUAUCGAAUAUUUCUCAGAUAGUAAAAAAAAAAAGAUUUGAUUUUAUACUUAAUAUGUUGAAGUGACACACUUCAUUAAGAAUUUUCUCGAAUUCGUCUUUAUGAAUGCAAACGACAUGACUAAAUAGUACAAAAAAGUAUAGAAUCUUUUUACAUGUUUUAUACAUUAGAGAUACGGGAAUAUAUCUUUUAGACGUGAUCUGAUUUA